CCACCCACUUUCCCAACUCGGAAAUCAGAAAAUUGAUUGAACACCACUUCCAAAAAAGGAAAAAUAAAAAUAAAAAAUAAAAAUCAGGCAGAACAUACGGUACCAUGUACAUACAUAGUCCUAGAUACGUUACUGUCACAUACAUAUAAAGAUAUAUAUCCUCGAUACACUCGAGGUGAAAAGGCUUGGGAUUGCAAAUGCCGGAGGAGGAUUUGGUUGAAGUUAAGUUUCGUUUGUUCGAUGGAUCAGAUGUUGGUCCAUUUCGAUGCUCACCGGCUUCAACUGUAGCUAUGCUUAAAGAGAGAAUUGUUGCUGAGUGGCCCAAAGAUAAAAAAAUUGCACCCAAGGCGGCAAAUGAUGUAAAGUUGAUAAGUGCUGGGAAAAUUUUGGAAAACAACAAGACUGUUGGUCAAUGUAAAACGCCUUUCGGCGAGCUACCUAAUGGUGUGAUUACCAUGCAUGCUGUUGUACAGCCAUCAGUAGGUAAAUCAAAAUCAGAAAAGAAGAUUGACGAGACUCAAAAGAAAAGCGUCUGCGCAUGUGCCAUAUUGUGAGAUUGCAAGUGAUUCAGUUUAACCUUGUGGAUUCUUCAAUUCAGGCCACCGCUGUGAAGUUCAGUUAAGAGAGCCAAUAAUUGGUGAACAGUGUGAUAGCUCAUUAUUACCUUGUUUGUUGAAUGACAUUUCAGUGCAACAGGUUCUAUUUAUUUUCAUGAAUUUGGUAGGUGUACAUUUGUAAUUGCAGAUUUCUUAUACAAAAACACUGAGCUGGGUUGCACUCAGAAGGAUUUUAGCGAGCUCUUGUUAUUCUA